AUGGAUACACAAAGCCAGAAGCAGAUUUCAAAUGAACUCAAGGGGCCAGUUCAAGCUCUGACAGAAGAAAAUGUGAGUACCAUUUCUCUUUAAGGAAAGAUUUUACUUCUUGUGGGCAUUUGAGCAAGUUUAACAGCUUAUUGUUAAAAAGGAAAUUCAUAAAUUUAGUAGAAUCUCAAAAAGAGCCGACAGUAAAAACUGAAAAUGUUUGGAGUGUGUCUUGCCACCUCAUUGUAAAGUGUUUCUGUUUACCCAACUUUAGCUGCAGCUGCGUGACAAUAAUGAGCGUCUCCUCAUCAAAGUGGGCUACCUGGAAAGCAGACUGGGCCACCUGGCGAGCUCAAACACAGACCUCUCCAGUAGGCUUGUACAAAGCGAGGAAAACAACCUGAAGGUAUAGAACUGUGGUAUGAAUCAUGCAGAGACAGUUUGGCUCUAAGUUUGGUAUGUUUGUCCAUAGAGUACAAGAUUUAGUUUGCUUUUCACACUUUUCAGAUGUCUAAGGAGCUUGUAGAAGAGAAACUUCAGACAAACAAGAUAAGAGAGAAGUUUGAAGAAGAGACUUUUGAACUGAAAAACAAGGUGAAGAUUUGCUUGACAUGAUUAAUUAAUCAUUGCAUAUUCAUUAAAGCAAAAGUACAGUGCAACAAAAAAAGGCCAAAAUUCUAUAUUGCUCUCUCCUUUCUCCUGGUCAGAUACUGAACCAGGCUGGUGUUAUAACAGAGUUGGAAAUAGAGCGGGACAAAUUGUCCAGGGAUCUCCAGUCAGCUGAGGCUCUUCUAAAAGCAGGAGAGAAGAGUGGCCUAGACCUGACAGAGGAGCAUGCCACUCUGAAAAAGAACUACCUCGCUCUGACUGAGGCCCAUAAUAAGGAACUGGCUCAGAGUGAAGAGCUUGGUGCUGAGCUGCUGGCUCUGGCCCAGGCUCAGGACACCCUCCGUAGGCAGGUUGAGGAGCAGCAGCAAAGUGCAAAAACCACCACACAGGACCUACAUGGAGAGCUGGAAAGGGUGCGAGCCGUGAUCAGCCGCAUGUCACAAAACAGAGUCAAGGUGAGAAAGGAGCAGGUGUAUUAAGACUCAUUGAGACUCCCUGGCUUCACUCUUGAGUUCUUGAGAAUUUUUUCAUAGUUGUAGCAAUAGUAUAUAGAAAAAUUGACAAAUGGUUGGAAGUUCCAACACAAUUACAACAUGUUCCAUUAAAUAAUAGUAGAAUACACAUGAUUUCACUAUUCUCCAAACAAGCUAAGGAGAUAUUUGAUAACAAUUCACUUCAUCUUUGGAUGAAACUCAUAUAUUCCACUUAGUUUCACAUUUUAAACUUAAACGUAGACAAAAGUUCAAGAUGUGAAACAUCUCAUCUGACAUUUUCUAUCUAAAACCUUGAAUUUUCAUAACAACAAUGCUCUAACAGCUUGAGGAUCUGGCAGCUCUGGAUAAGGAGCAGAAAGUUAUGGAAAAAAAUGUAAGUAUAUUCAUGUCUCCUUCUUUAGAGUAGACAUGUAAGACAUGUGUGUUAUGGGGUUCAUGUAUAAGCUCUAACUACACUGUCAUCUCAUCUCAUUUAGCUUCUUGGAAACCAAGACGAGAUCAAAGAAAUGCUAGCAAAAAUGAAAAACAGCUACGAGGAUCAGCAGAAGAAACUGGAGAUGAAAGUGUGAGGGUUAUUUACUGUGCACAAGCUGUACUAGUGAAGCGUGAUUAUCAAUUUCCAGUCACCAAUCAGCCAAAGCCAGUUCAGGAUGUACAUAAUGUCUGUCUCAUGCUCCUUUCUUUAAUCUUUUUCUGUGCUAUGGCUGUGUGUGGUGUGUGUGAUGUGGUCCUUUUGGUUGCCCCCUGUGAUGUGGCUAACUGUGGGUUCUGGUCACCUCUCUUGUGGUUACGUCUGUGUUUGGUCAUCAGGGUAGCAAUGGGUAAAGAGCAGCAGGAAAACAGGAGAGUGAUCUGUGACAGUCAGCAAAAACUAUCCGAGCAGAGUGCGGUGAGCAGGAAAAAUCCCCUACUGAUCCUCUAAACUACUUCCAGAUGUUGUCAUAACCUCUAAAUAAAACAUACAAAUAAAGUUCAAAAUGAGAGCAGCAACAAUAUAAAUGUGUAAAAACAUGUUUAAAUGAAAUUUUCAUCUUUGCUUUCAAGGCUCUGAUGUGGUGUCACAGCCAGGUGAAGGGGGUAGAGGAAGAGAAUUCAAAGCUGCAGCUCCAAGUCAAAGAGCUGAAUGAGGAAUAUCGUGGAAGACUUGUAAGGUAUUUGCAGGAUAUAUCUGUAAGUAUUCUUAGGAUGUAUUCCCCACACUGGUUUUAAAUUGGUGCCAGUUCUACCACAGCACAAGAUAAAGCAGUUUCUAAUACAACAUUUGUCCACUCUUCACAUGUUCAGGAGUAUAUUGAUGACCUUGGAGAAAGUAAAAGCCCUGCAGAGGCCUCUAAGAUGAGAACAUUUGUGGACAGCAUGCUCCAAGAUGUUCGUUCCUCUCACAGAGUCAGAGAGCAGCAGCUUGCCUCUGCAGCUCGCUCCUAUAAGAAAAGACUUCAGAAGAUGACCAAGGCCCAUCAUGCUCUCUUCAUUGCCUACAGGUGAGACUUCCCUGAGCAUUUUAGUGUUGUCCAUGCUUUCACUUAUCGACACACCACCUCUUUUGCUGACUUGUUUGUCAUUUAUAUUAGUGUGUGACAUAAUGAGUCAACAUGUAGAGGGUCCAACAGGAGCUGGCUGUAAGUAAAAGUAUCACGACCUUCUGGAGCAGACAUCAACAUAUCAGCCAUUUCUCUUUGGUCUCUUUUUGAGGGUCUGACCCUGUUGUUUGAAAGCAGAUGGCCUACAUCUCUUUAACAAUUCUUGAAAAUAAAGUUCUGGAAAGUAAUGGAUUAAAGUCAACUCUAGUACACUAUUACCUUCAGGGUUCAGCGGGAGCAGAUCGUCCUCAAACCAGAGAGUGGCCUUGAACCUGGACCUCCUGAAACACACUUUAUUCUGGAGCUCACUGAGCCCAGGGAUGAAACAGAGAAAGAGAUUCAGCAGCUCUGUCAGGAAAAGGUGAGACUGGAAUCAAGGCAGCAGGAAACUGGGGAAUAGGUAACACACAAGAAAGAGAUUCCCUCUAAGAAGUGGAUUGAUCUGCUUUUGUUUUGUCUGGUGUUUGCUUGUGUUUGUUCUGUGUGGAUCCUGUUCUUUUUUCAAGCUUCCUUAACAGUUUGUGGGUGUGGUAUUUAAACAAUAAAAUACUUCUUUUCAUGUUAUGCUUCUGAUCUUUAUUCAAUGCUUUUAUUUUCUUUUUACACCCAUUUAUGUGUGCUGGGUAUCUGAACUUUCACUCUGGCUUUUUGUCUUCCAGGGAUCUGUCCUCAAAAUGCCUGUUCAGAAUGAAGGCUGUCAGGAGUAAGUGUCAUUUUUGUUUUGACAAAUGUGUUCAGCUGUGGAUUGUGUCGUGAAAAAAAAAUCUCAUGAAAAAUGUAACUUUAUCAGGCUGUUGAAACUGCAGCAGAUUUGCGGCGAAUCCUGGUCGGACAUGAGCAAACAGCUGAAGCAGAUGACAGACUCCACACUGGUAAACAAAUGCCCCUCAAACAAUCCGAAUCCACAAAUUACUGAAAAAUAUUGCAAAGUAAAACAUUUAUUUUGUCCAAAUUAAGAUGAUAUAAAGAUAAUUUUUACAUCUGAACAGGUGGGCUUAGAAAAGGAGCGUGCCCUCCUAAUCUCCAGGGCAACAGCUGCAGAGGCGCAGGUAUCUGAGCUGCAGGACUACAUUGACAAUCACCUGGGCAGGUCAGGAAGUCACUUAACUUGUAAAUAAUGUGAUUUUCACUGUAAGUAGGGUAUUAUACUGAGCUGUAAUAUCACCCACAGGUUCAAAGAGGAGAUCUCACAUCUGUGCAGGCUGCGUGGAAAACAGGAGACGAGAUGUUCCCAAAGUGCUAAUUCAACUCUCCAUUGAGGAAUUUGGUCUGAAAACAAAACCUUUUUGUGUAUUUCAAUAUAAUGAUGCAAUGUUGUAACUGUCAUGCACAUUAAGCUGAAAAUUAAAAUAUUUAAGUCUUA